AACCAAUUGGACGAAUGAACAUUCGGGACCAUCAUGAAUUUCGAAAGCCGAAAAAAAAGACAGAACGAGGUCCGAUUCCAAACGAUACAGCCCGGAGAGGUGACAGGCAACACGGGAUUCGAAGUGGCGGGAGGCGACAAUACCAAGAUCUCCUCGGGCACCUUGUGCCCUGCCGUUCGCGAUGCCUCCGCGACUCAAUUGCUGCUCUGCGCCGAGUAGCGCGAGCAGAGCUCUCCGGAGGGCCGCCAGCUCCCGCCGGCCCAUGCCCAGCCUCCUCCUCCAAAGCUCCAAGUUAGCGACGAGUACGACGACGACGACGACAACGACUAUUUCCAGGCACUACACGAGCACGUCGUCGGCCCCCGCAGCCUUCUCGUCCUUGGUCUUGCCCGACGACUACAUCCCGCCGACGCGGCCGCCCUCGGCGCGACGCCCCGAGCAGCGCAAGGCGCAGCUGCUCCGAUCGUACACGGCGAUGCUGCGCUCGACGCCGCUGAUCCUGUUCUUCCAGCACAACAAUAUGACCGCCGUGGAGCUGGCCGCCGUGCGCCGCGAGCUGCGCGCCGCCCUGGCCAAGGUGCCCGUGCCCGAGGCCGGGCCCGACGGCGACCCGCCACCGAUAGACAUCGCGCCGGCCAUCGAGCUGCAGGUGCUGCGGACGCGCAUCUUCACCGUCGCGCUCAAGAUCGACGAGUUCUUCGACCCGAAGGCCGCCGCCGCCGCCGCCGGGCCCGGCACCUACACGCACGACCUCUCGGAGGCGGCUUACGCGGCCAUCAAGCAGGCCGACAUCACCGAGUCCACGGCGUUCGCGCAGAUCAGCCCGCUGCUCAUCGGGCCCAUCGCGGCCGUGACCUUCCCGGCCGUGUCGCCGGCGCACCUCGCCACCGUGCUCUCGGUGCUCGCGCCGUCGCCGGCCUACCCGCCGCCGUCGCGCAAGAAGAGCCCGGGCUACUACGACCUGUCGGCGCAGACGGGCUUCCAGAAGCUGCUCCUGGUCGGCGGCCGCGUCGAGGGCCGCGUGUUCGACAACGAGGGCGUCAUGUGGGUCGGCAGCAUCAAGGGCGGCGUCGGCAGCCUGCGCGCCCAGCUCGUGUCCAUGCUGCAGAACGCCGGGCUCGGCCUCACGACGGUGCUCGAGGGCCAGAGCAAGGGCCUGUGGCUCGCCCUCGAGAGCAGGCGGACCCAGCUCGAGGAGGAGGCGAACGGAGGCGCCAAGAAGGAGGCGGCGGCGGAGAAGCCGAGCGCGUAGGGCGCUGGCGGCUCGCGCGGGACAUAGGUACCUAGGUAUGUCUAGGUGCCUAGCUACAAACUGUACAAAUCACGACUAUUGCCAUCAUCCCCUAGAGCGGUUCCUAGGUCCAUUAAAUAAAAAUAAGAAUAAAAAACAAAAAAGCCGUCAACCAUACUCCUGCGAUUGUCGCCACCAACCUACCAGA